GCUGGAGGCCGAGGUGGUAGUGUACUUCGGCGGGUGCGGUUCGCUCCAGUGCGGGUCUCAUUCUUUCGCACCCUGCUCCGGUCUCGACCACGGCGAGCCUGAGCGCGGCGGCGGCCCACCCGCGGCGACGGGAAGAGAUGAGCAGCAACAGCAGUAAGAGAGCUCCAACAACAGCAACCCAGAGACUGAAACAGGACUACCUUCGGAUUAAGAAAGACCCAGUGCCUUACAUCUGUGCUGAGCCCCUCCCUUCAAAUAUUCUCGAAUGGCAUUAUGUUGUCCGAGGCCCUGAGAUGACUCCUUAUGAAGGUGGCUAUUAUCAUGGAAAACUAAUUUUUCCCAGAGAAUUUCCUUUCAAGCCUCCUAGUAUUUAUAUGAUAACUCCCAGUGGAAGAUUUAAAUGCAAUACCAGGCUGUGUCUUUCCAUCACGGAUUUCCACCCGGACACGUGGAACCCAGCCUGGUCUGUCUCUACCAUCCUGACGGGGCUCCUGAGCUUCAUGGUGGAGAAGGGACCCACUCUGGGCAGUAUAGAGACAUCGGACUUCACGAAAAGACAGCUGGCAGUGCAGAGUUUAGCGUUUAAUUUAAAAGAUAAGGUCUUUUGUGAAUUAUUUCCUGAAGUCGUGGAGGAAAUUAAACAAAAACAGAAAGCACAAGACGAACUGAGUAGCAGACCCCAGACUCUCCCCUUACCAGACGUUGUUCCAGACGGGGAGACCCAUCAUGGGCAGAACGGGAUUCAGCUUCUAAAUGGGCAUGCACCUGGGGCUGGUGCGAACCUUGCAGGGCUCCAGCAAGCCAACCGGCACCAUGGACUCCUGGGUGGUGCCCUGGCGAACUUGUUUGUUAUAGUGGGGUUUGCAGCCUUCGCCUACACAGUUAAGUACGUGCUGAGGAGCAUCGCACAGGAGUGAGACACAUGGGGCCAGCCCCACUGUUGCUGUUGAGGGACGCCAACGCCAGUGCUGGACGUGGGCAGGCUGGACACACUGCCGAGUGCAGGAGGACCCGCCAGAUUCUGGGUUUAGCAUUUUAAAAACCUUAAAAGGAAAGCAAAAACCAAAAUGUGUGAUGUGGGUUUGGAGGAUACUCCUGGUUCUCCACCCCUCUCUGGCACCGGUUCCCAUUGGGGUUGGUUUGGUGGGUGGGGCCGCUCACACUUUGGUUUUUAUAGCUUAUCUCUUGUAUUGUCUAUAGACUUGUUUUAGUAAACCUGUUUUUUCAUUUUAUUAGAUUUGGUCACUUAAAAAUAUAGAACGUAAUGCCUAUUAGUACUACGUGCGUUCUUGGCAAAGCCCCCUGGCUCAUCAGCAGGUGAGAGCUGAGGGGCCUGGUGGUGGGGCUAGGGCCUGCACGUGGUCAGUGAGGCUUAGCAGGGUCAGGGUGAAUGGCCAGCAUCAGCCAUGGAUGGGGGGCCAGGAGAUGUGGGAUUUGUUCCAGGCCUUUUAAAAUGUGCUUAUAGUCAGUUGGAAUGAAAACAUUCUAGAAAGUGCUUGUUUAUUUUUUUUUUUUUUUAGUUUUUGCUAAAGUAGAAGUUAAGAUUCUGUCUACUCUGUGGCCACUGGGUGUCACCCUUAAAGCCUCAGCUGGGCAUGGAUCGGGCGUGUCUGCCUUGUUAGGGCACAGGCUCUGUAUUCUGGAGCAGUGUCAGCCCAGCCCAGCCCUGCAGGGGCUGUAUGUCCUCAAGUACCUGCAGAGCCUUUUCUCCAAACUCUUAGUCCAUGAGGUCCUGUCCUGUCCUGUACAGGUGGAGGGUGGAGAUCCCAGUGUCUCACAGGGGUCCCCCCAACAGGAGGGUUGGUUCUGUGCCCUUUGAGGAGUCCUCUGAGCCCUUUUGCUGACUGUACAGGCAGGCUCGAGUGCUCCUUCCCAGGUGCUGGUUCAGGGCUCACUCAUGAAAGGUCCCUGAAAGGGCACAUCCCAGUGAGUAUCCAAGCUGUGUGGGCUCAAUUUUGGGACCCAUGCUGCCUUGCCCUGAUUGCUGAUGUCUUCCCUUUUUUAUGUUUGUAUUUUGUGAUUUCACCUGCACAGGAGAUUUUGAAGAUGUAUCACAUUGUUUGAAAAACUUAUGUCUGUGAGUGGUGCUGUGUCCAGUGGUGGACACGGCCACAAGUUAUCACCAGGAGAGCCCCACUGAGGGUGAACACACUAGCCCUCCAGAGGCUGUGAAAUGGAUAUGCAGUCAUACACACUCAUCUUUGUCUUUGCUUUUUAAUCAGUUUAUUUAAAAUUGCUCUAAUUUACCAUUUGUAUGUAUUUAAUCCACUCUUGUGAAAAAAAUCUUUAAUUAUAUUUUUGUUCCUAAGUUUUAUGGUGUGUCAGUGUUGGUAGAGAUCUUUGUGCAUCUGGAGGCUCAGCUGGGGAGGCCCAUGGGCAGAAAUCAUCCCUGCCUGGCCUGGGGAUGGCGUGUUGGCCAUGGGAUUAGGCCUGUGUGGCAGCAGUGGGCACAGCCUUGGACCCCGUUCCCCUCCUGCGCUGGACUCCAGCACCAGCCAGUCUGCAGCCUGGCUUGCAGGCGCUUCCCUCAGCAGCGCUGGUUCCAAACCAUUAGUGUUUCCUGAGGCUCUGGGAUGCAGAAUGUUAGCGACUACAGAGUUUGCCCAGUGCAUGCUGUUGCUUUUCUUUUUUCCUUCUUUUUCUUUCUUUCCGUUUUUUUUUUUUUUUUUUUUUGGGACAGAGCCUCAAGCUGUCUCCCUGGGUAGAGUGCUGUGGCAUCAUGGCUCACAGCAAACUCCCAACUCCUGGCUCAAGCGAUUCUCCUGCCUCUGCCUCCUGAAUAGCUGGGACUACAGGCACCUGCCACAACACCCAGCUAUUUUUUGGUUGCAGUCGUCAUUGGUGGGCCUGGGCUGGAUUUGAACCCACCAGCUCAGGUGUAUGUGGCUGGUGCCUCAGCUGCUUGAGCCACAGGUGCCGAGCCCAUGCUGUUGUUUAUCACAUGUGGAAUCUCCACAUUGACAACCCUUGGUCAACAGAGCAGAGGGGUCUGUGGUGCCAUGGCAUGCUGCCUGUACUAACCUAGAACAAAAGGAGAUCGUUGACCCUGUUGGGCUGAGUGCAUCUGACCCUUUGUUCCUGCCAACUUUCUUUGGAGGAAUCAUGAGCCCCUCUGCACCUGUGUGGCAUCCCCUGGCCAGCACAGCCCAUCACUCACCGUCCAGACUGUGCUGUGAAGUCUUUUUAUUGAGGCAGAGUCUCACUUUGUCACGUCACACUCAGUAGAAUGCUGUGGUAUCAUAGGUCACAGCAACCUCUAACUCUUGGGUUCAAGAGAUUUCUCCUGCCUCAGUAUCCCUAGUACCUGGGACUACAGGCGCCUGCCAUGACACCUGGCUAUUUUUUUUUUUUGUUGUUGUUGUUUAGCAGGCCUGAGCUGGGUUCAAACCCACUAGCCCCGGAGCAGGUGGCCAGUGCCCUAACCACUGAGCUACGAGUGCCCAGCCUGAAAUCUUUUGAUAUAAGGAGAAAACUCUGGUAGACAUGGGUGGAGAGCAGCCCCUGGGUGGAUGCCAGGGGCCUGCCAGCUACAGUCAGGCAUCUGGGUCUGAGAGUAGCAGCAGUGGCAGCCCACAGAACACCUGGUGGGAUAGCGUCCCAGGGUUCUUUGCCAUUUCUCCAGAGCCUGGGGGUGUCGGGGUAUCUGGGGUUGGGGUUGGGGAUUAGGGAGAGCCAGCAGCUGGUCCUGAGCCUCCUUUCUGGGGGCAGCUCAGAGAUUCAGAAGGGCAGGGUCAUUUUAGUGGUUUCCUAGGGGACUCCUGCACUCACCAGAGGGAGCAUGGUGAAGGGAAUGCUGAAGGUCCUGUCCCCCUAUGCUUGUGCCCUGCAAAUCACUGUCCUAGCUGCUCUCAGUACAGGGCUUCGCUCCUUAUGAAGUUACCUGGGGAUGGGAAUGCAAAGGCUCAUCCUUCCUGGCUCUUGGGUGUGGUUUGGCUCCCUGUAGCUCCCAGCCUCACUGGGACAGGCCCUAGGUCCAGCCUUCAGACUGUUGGUUAACAAUGGGGAGAGAUGGAGGCCCAGCCUGUCUGGAGUCACAGGGAAGCACACUGCCAGCUGGUGUGCUGAGAAAUGUGCAGAGAAGUAGGGUGCUGUGCCUGUGGAGGCUCUGGUGGCCCUAGCAGGACCUCUUAGGCUGAAACACUAGCCCACUCCAAGCCUGGAUUGAGGCAUGUGGGGGCUGUUUUCCUGAACUGUACUGGGGUCCCAGCAGGGCUUGGGUAUAGCUGGGGCUGAAGGCAUUGUCUGAGGAGCUUAAAGCUACAAGAAUGUGCUCUGGGAGGUUCCUGCUCCUCCCAAUCCACUCUUAGUAAGAGUUGGCCUCUCAGUCUUGUCCUUAGAGGUCAUGUUUCCUCCAGAGGACCAGGAGGGUAAGGGGGUAGAGGGGUCCCUGGUGGGCACUUCCCACACAUCUUCCAGUUUUGUCUCUUGGAUGGCUGGGCCUGGGGUUGGGGUCUCUUGCUCAGCCACCUUCACCAUUCUCUGCUGAUGUCUGGAAAUCCACAAGGGGUAUCUGGAACAUUUCAGUGCUGUCCGCUAGGGCCUAUAUGCUCACUAUUCUUAGCCUUGACUACAUUUGGACAGCCAGCUGGCAGCAGGCCCCCACCUCUUGGCCACUGAGGAUAGAGGGGAGAGGGCAGGAAGGGGCAGAUGAAGAGGCCCUGGAUCAGGUAGGUGAGGAAAGGGGCUAUGGACUCUACACAGCUGGUGGACAGCAUUGCAAUUAGCGGGUGGAGGUGCCAGACUAAACCAAGUUGUGAUGGGAAGGGAAGGAUGGAGGAGGGGGCCCUCCAGCAAGGGGUGGGAAGUGUAGUCCUGCCCACAACUCAGCCCCCUACUCACUGGAAGAGCUCAGCAGAGGUCAGUGGGGGUCCCGUCCCCUUCUCCAUCUUCGAGCCUUUCCCUUGGAGCCUGUGGGGUGUAGGAAGGAGGGCUUGGGGAGGAGGUCAGGGCUUCUUGGGCUGCAAGGGUACAGUUCAGAGAGGCUGGGGACUGAGCAGGUCGGUUGCAGCAGCGUCUCAGCAGUGGCAGUGUCUUCGUUUAGUCAUGGGGCCGCUCUGGCUCAUCUGUCUCAGAUGUGCACUAGCAACCUGGCAUGCCCAGGGCCUCACUCCCACACCACUCUGAGCGCUGCCAUCCCCAGGAGAUCGCCUGGGCUGUGGCCCUCCUCUGUCCACGGCCACAGCUCAUGCUGUUGGGGGACGUGAGGGCUCGACAGCACUCAAAGGCCCACAGUGCCACCAUGUCCCACAGCACUGGCUGCCGGUCACCCUCCAGGUAGGUGGGCCCAGUUCACGUGGCCACGAGCAGGCACCACUUGGCAAACUGCUUGCCCUUUCCCAGUCUCUAUACAGGCUCUAUGUUUCCUGGCUCUGACCCAGAUCAGGCUUCCUGACCAAAAGUGAGGAUUUGCUGCAGCCAUUAACCCUUUGAAGCCCUUGGCCUGUUAAGCCCUGAGCAACCUGUGCUAUUAGGUGUAAUGCUAGGGGAAAGGGGGGACUCCAUGGUUCACCAGACACCAUGCACCCUACAAACUUGUAAGAUUUCCAUCCCAGGGCUUGCCUGCCCCUGUGCAGCCUGGGCCCUUCAUGGCCAGUACCCUCUCUCAAAGGAAGUGCUCUGCCCUCGUAGUACUCAGGUCUCAGUCUGUCCAGGGGCCUCCUGCAGACUAGAGACACCCCCUACCCCAUCUGCCUCAAACCUGGGCUUCUGCCCUCUUGAGCUGAAGGUCUCUUGAGGGGUUUUGAAGUACAGCCUGGGGCCUCUUGCUGCUGUCCUGUGUGGGGAGGGGAGCAGAGGUGGUGUCCCUGCAGCCCCUCAGUCCUCAUGCCUUUGAUCCUAGCCUCCCUCCUCCCAAGGGUGUCUCUCUGGCGGCCUGCCCAGCUGCCUCAGCCCACGCUGCCCCAUCAGAGCCUGUGGCCCUUUUCCACAUGGGCAAGCCAAGGAGAGUUAAGGCUACAGCUCUCCCACCUGAGGAGGGUAGGCUGGUUCUGCAGGCAGAAGGGUGCCAGGCAGGGCUGGGAUCAAACCAGCCACCUAGGAAGGGGAGGAGGCACCACCUACACCCUUGGUGGCAGUUCCUUAGAGAAUAAAGGCCAAGAUCAGCCUGGGGAUUGUUAGAAGUCAGAGGCCUCAAGCUUGGUGUGUGCUCCCCUGCAUCUGGGGUGCCUACCUUCCUGUUGGGUAGGCUUAGUCUCCAUCUGCUCCCUGCUACCUCAGUCGUUGGCAUGUCAAGGGGAAGUAGCAGCCAGGGGAACAAGCAGACCCCAAUAUGGGAGGAGGAACUGUCUCUAGGUGGGGCCUAGGUCAGGGAUGGGAUAACCCCUAGGAGAGAGGCCUGUCUGGUCCACUAGAGAGGACCCCCCAUUCAGGAGAACAGGCCUAACCUCAGAACUUGGCUCUUGCUGGGUUAGAGUUAAGGCUGACCUCAGGAUGGGUCCAUGGCCUGGGCCUUGACUUCUUGGCAAACCCUGCCCUGGCAGGGGGCUCCCUCCUGGCCAGGCAGCUUCUGUUAGAUUCCUGCCCAUUCCAC